AUGUCGCGUGAUAUUCGAUCGUAUUUUUCAUUUCCUAAAGGACAAAGCAAAAAUGCACCAGCAGCAAAGCCGUCAAAGAUUAACAAAAAAACGUUGUCAUCUGAUGAGGAAGAUUCUCAUGCAAGUCCAAAAAAAAAUAAAGCUAAAAAAACAAAAAAAACUUCGAACCACAUUAUAUCAGACUCGGACGACGAGGAUACGGUGACAAAAAAACCCGUCUCCAAGAGUCCAUCCACGAAGGGGAAGGACAAGGUUAAAGAGAAAGAAAAAGAGCUUAAGCCCGUGACUCUUGACAGUAUAUUCAGCAAAGAACCAGUCAAACGUAAAAACGCCCCCGCACCGAUUCCCAAAAAAUUAAAAGAAGCCGAGGCGAGUUUUCACGACGACAAGGAGUUCGAAGCGACCUUGAGCCAGUUGGACACGACAGAAAUCGAAACGAUAUUCCAGAAUAAAGAUAAGACUAAGGAUAAGGAAAAGAAACUGGAUCAGUUUAGCGGAAAACGCAAACCUAGUGACAGCUACAAUGAAACUUCGCCUAAAAAAAUAAAACUCAGCGAAGAUCUCAAAGUAGAAAAAGAAAAGUCUAAAGCCAAGGAUAAAAAUGCCAACCAUUCAAAAUUGGAGGUCGAGGUUGACAAGAAGAAGAAACAAAAGAACGAUGCAGAUGAAGUGUACGAAGAAAACAUCGCCAAGAAAAAACAGCAUGCGGUUGCUUAUCAGCAGUACCUCCACAGAGGCGGCGCGAGGAACCCCGGCUCCAAAGAAAUUCCCAAGGGAGCGGAAAACUGCUUGGCUGGUUUGAGCUUCGUGGUGACCGGAGUCCUGGAGUCUUUGGAGCGUGAGGAAGUCGAUGAGUUGAUAAAGCAGUACGGAGGUCGCGUGGUUGGAAAUUUGUCGAAGAAAACUAAUUAUCUCGUGGUUGGAGAUGCUGCUGGAGAGUCUAAGAUGGCCAAGGCGGAUUCUUUGCACGUUAAAAAAAUUUCUGAAGACGAAUUAUUGGAGAUGAUCCGCUCCAGGCCUGCUGGUAAGUCCUCCGCUGUGAUUCCUAGUCGCAGCAAGAAGAAUAGUAGUUUUAAUAAGUCUACAGAUGAUGAACUCAAACCUUCGCCUCCUAAAAAAAUUUCUUCUGAGGUCAAACCUAAUAAAAUUGAAGAUGUUGAAAUGAAGAGUGUUAAUAUUAAAGAUGAAAAUAUUUUUAAAGCUCCAAUUUCAUCCAAAGAAGCUUCAACAUCUGUUACAAGUUCAGAAAAAGCUUCAACAUUAAUUACAAGUUCGGAAAAACCUUCAAAAUUUUUUGAAAGUUCAGAAAAAGCUUCAACAUCAAAACAAGAAUUUUUUGGUAAUAAUCACGUAGAAGCUUUGGUAGAAAAAUACCGUCCCAAAAUGAUGAAACAAAUAAUUGGUCAACAUACUGAUAAAAGUUGUGCAAGAAAAUUGCACACGUGGAUUCUUAACUGGCACAAAAAUCAACACGGCAAGGUUAAGCCACCUAAGCCUUCUCCUUGGGCAAAAAAUGACGAUGGAGCUUUUUACAAAGCUGCUUUGUUGUCCGGAGCUCCGGGAAUAGGCAAGACUACCACGGCCCAGGUGGUCUGCAAUGAACUCGGCUACGACUUGGUUGAAUUUAACGCUUCAGAUACGAGAAGUAAGCGUCUCCUGAAAGAAGAAGUCUCGACUUUGUUGUCUAACACCAGUGUCAAAGGUUACUUCUCCAGUAAUAAAGAAGACAAGACUUCUAGGAAGCAUGUGUUGCUGAUGGACGAGGUGGAUGGUAUGGCGGGCAAUGAAGACCGUGGAGGGCUCCAAGAGCUGAUUAAUCUUAUCAAAGCUGCUGAUGUUCCUAUUAUUUGUAUAUGCAAUGAUCGGAACCAUCCUAAAAUGAGGACUCUAGCGAAUUAUACUUUUGAUCUGAGGUUCCAGAAGCCUAGACUAGAGCAAAUUAGGGGCGCUAUGAAGUCGCUGUGUUGCAAAGAAAAUAUUUCGAUCUCUACGGAGAAUUUGGAUCGGUUGAUUCAGUCGACUAAUUUUGAUAUAAGACAGGUUAUUAAUCAUCUGGCGAUGCUCAAGGGUGAACCUGUGGAGAAAAAGGAAGGGAGGAUUUCCGGUGAUAUUAAUAAAGAUCUUAAGCUUGGACCCUGGGAUGUUGUUCGCAAGGUUUUCAGUGCUGAGGAACAUAAGAAUAUGAGCAUUCAUGAUAAGAGUGACUUGUUCUUUCAUGAUUAUAAUAUUGCUGGGCUGUUUGUGCAGGAGAAUUAUUUAUCUGUCGUGCCUAAAGUUCCCAAAGUUGCAAAAACAGCUGACAGUUUGUCAAUGGGAGAUUUAGUAGAAAAAGCGAUCCGUGAAAAAAACGCCUGGUCUUUACUACCAGCUCAAGCUUGCUACUCUUCUGUAAUUCCUGGCUCGCUGAUGUCCGGGCACAUUGGUGCGCAAAUAAAUUUUCCCAGCUGGCUUGGACGUAACUCCAAGCGCAAUAAAUUUGAUAGAAUACUGCAAGAAAUUACAGUUCACACGCGACUGGUUACUGGCGCCAGUAAAGAAGCGAUUAAUAUUGAUUACCUCAACGCAUUGAGAGAUAAAAUUACUCGGCCGCUGGCGCUCAAUGGCACUGAAGGUGUCGAUUCGGCUGUUGAUGUCAUGAAUCAUUACCAUUUACUCAGAGAAGAUUUAGACGGAAUAGUUGAAGUUUCUUUGUGGCCAGGUCAGCGUGAUCCUUUCCAAGUGAUUGAUUCUAAAGUAAGAGCGGCAUUCACGCGUUCUUAUAAUAAAAAUUCAACCUUGACACCGUUUGCUGCUACGGCGAGCAAGAAAAAAGGCGGUGGUGAUUUAACUUCUGAGGAUUCGGGAUACAUGGAAGCUGGGGAAGAAACUAUUUCUGACUCUGAUAAUGACGAUGAUAGUUUAGAAGCAGAUCGCAUGGUCAAGGCGAAAAAAGCUGCUCCAAAAAAAGAACCGGCAAAAAGUACUACUAAAAAAACUACCUCAAAAGCUUCGGUGGAUAAACCGGCGAGUAGACGCGGCCGGGGUCGUGGAAAAUAA